CCUCCUCAAAAUUCCUUAAGUAGUUGUCUGCUUUGAGCCUGCCACCUUCUUCAUCUGGUAACACGAGAGGUACAACUGGUCCUGUGCUGUGUUGCCCUCAAUAAUCCGCAGCCAUGAGUUCCGACUCUGAGAUGGCAGUUUUCGGGGCGGCUGCUCCUUAUCUCCGAAAACCUGAAAAGGAGCGAAUUGAAGCCCAGAACAAGCCGUUUGAUGCCAAGAAUUCUGUCUUUGUGGUGGAUCCCAAGGAGUCCUAUGUGAAAGCAACAGUGCAGAGCAGGGAAGCAGGGAAGGUGACGGUCAAGACUGAAGGAGGAACUACUGUCACAGUGAAGGACGAUCAAGUCUUCUCUAUGAACCCUCCCAAAUAUGACAAGAUCGAGGACAUGGCCAUGAUGACUCACCUGCAUGAGCCCGCUGUGCUGUACAACCUCAAAGAGCGUUAUGCAGCCUGGAUGAUCUACACCUACUCGGGCCUCUUCUGUGUCACUGUCAACCCCUACAAGUGGCUGCCAGUGUAUAACCCCGAAGUGGUGUCCGCCUACCGAGGCAAAAAGCGCCAGGAGGCUCUACCCCACAUCUUCUCCAUCUCUGACAACGCCUAUCAGAACAUGCUGACUGAUCGUGAAAACCAGUCCAUCCUGAUCACCGGAGAAUCUGGUGCAGGGAAAACUGUGAACACCAAGCGUGUCAUCCAGUACUUCGCAACAAUUGCAGUUACUGGAGAGAAGAAGAAAGAAGAGCCUGCUUCUGGUGGCAAACUACAGGGGACCCUUGAAGAUCAAAUCAUCAGUGCCAACCCCCUACUGGAAGCCUUUGGCAACGCCAAGACUGUGAGGAAUGACAACUCCUCUCGUUUUGGUAAAUUCAUCAGGAUCCAUUUUGGUGCCACAGGCAAACUGGCUUCUGCAGAUAUUGAAACAUAUUUGCUUGAGAAGUCCCGAGUUACUUUCCAGCUAAAGGCUGAAAGAAGCUACCACAUAUUUUAUCAAAUUAUGUCCAACAAGAAACCAGAGCUUAUUGAAAUGCUUUUGAUCACCACCAAUCCAUAUGACUUUGCCUUUGUUAGUCAAGGUGAAAUCACAGUGCCUAGCAUUGAUGAUCAGGAAGAGCUGAUGGCCACAGAUAGUGCUGUGGACAUCCUGGGUUUCAGUGCUGAUGAAAAGGUGGCCAUUUACAAGCUCACAGGAGCUGUGAUGCAUUAUGGGAACAUGAAAUUCAAGCAAAAGCAAAGGGAAGAGCAAGCUGAGCCAGAUGGCACUGAAGUUGCUGACAAGGCAGCCUAUCUCCAGAGUCUGAACUCCGCUGAUCUGCUCAAAGCCCUCUGCUACCCCAGGGUCAAGGUCGGCAACGAGUAUGUCACCAAAGGCCAGACUGUACAACAGGUGUACAACUCCGUGGGUGCUCUGGCCAAAUCCGUCUACGAGAAGAUGUUCCUGUGGAUGGUCACCCGUAUUAACCAGCAGCUGGACACAAAGCAGCCCAGGCAGUACUUCAUUGGGGUCUUGGACAUCGCUGGCUUUGAGAUCUUUGAUUACAACAGCCUGGAGCAGCUGUGCAUCAACUUCACCAACGAGAAACUGCAACAGUUUUUCAACCACCACAUGUUCGUGCUGGAGCAGGAGGAGUACAAGAAGGAAGGCAUCGAGUGGACGUUCAUUGACUUCGGGAUGGACCUGGCUGCCUGCAUUGAGCUCAUUGAGAAGCCUAUGGGUAUCUUCUCCAUCCUGGAAGAGGAGUGCAUGUUCCCCAAGGCCACAGACGCCUCCUUCAAGAACAAGCUGUAUGAACAGCAUCUUGGAAAGUCCAACAACUUCCAGAAGCCCAAGGUUGUCAAAGGCAAGGUUGAGGCCCACUUCUCGCUGGUGCACUACGCGGGCACCGUGGACUACAACAUUGCCGGCUGGCUGGACAAGAACAAGGACCCCUUGAAUGAGACUGUGCUUGGCCUGUACCAGAAGUCUGGAUUGAAGACUCUGUCUCUCCUCUUCUCUGGGGCUCCAACUGCUGAAGCAGACAGUGGUGGUGGAAAGAAAGGUGCCAAGAAGAAGGGUUCUUCUUUCCAGACAGUGUCAGCUCUUUUUAGGGAGAAUUUGAAUAAGCUGAUGACCAACUUGAAGAGCACUCAUCCCCACUUUGUACGCUGUCUCAUUCCCAAUGAAACUAAAACUCCUGGGGCCAUGGAGCAUGAACUUGUCCUGCACCAGCUGCGGUGUAAUGGUGUGCUGGAAGGCAUCCGCAUCUGCAGGAAGGGAUUCCCAAGCAGAAUCAUUUAUGCAGACUUCAAACAAAGAUACAAGAUUCUAAAUGCAAGUGCUAUCCCAGAGGGUCAGUUCAUUGACAGCAAGAAGGCUUCUGAGAAACUUCUAGGUUCUAUUGACAUUGACCACACCCAGUACAAAUUUGGUCAUACGAAGGUUUUCUUUAAAGCUGGCCUGCUGGGAACUCUAGAGGAGAUGCGAGAUGAUAAGCUAGCUCAACUCAUCACACGCACUCAAGCCAUGUGCAGAGGGUUCCUGAUGAGAGUGGAGUUCAAGAAGAUGAUGGAGAGGAGAGAGGCCAUCUUCUGCAUCCAGUACAAUGUCCGCGCCUUCAUGAAUGUGAAGCACUGGCCCUGGAUGAAGCUGUAUUUCAAGAUCAAGCCCCUCCUCAAGAGUGCUGAGACAGAGAAGGAGAUGGCCAACAUGAAGGAAGAGUUUGAGAAAACCAAAGAUGAUCUGGUUAAAUCAGAGGCAAAAAGGAAAGAACUUGAAGAGAAAAUGGUUGCUCUGAUGCAAGAGAAAAACGAACUACAACUCCAGGUUCAAUCUGAAGCUGAAGGCUUGGCUGAUGCAGAGGAAAGAUGUGACCAGCUGAUCAAAACCAAAAUCCAGCUUGAAGCCAAAAUCAAAGAGGUGACCGAGAGAGCCGAGGAUGAGGAAGAGAUCAAUGCUGAGCUGACGGCCAAGAAGAGGAAACUGGAGGACGAAUGUUCAGAACUGAAGAAAGACAUCGAUGACCUUGAGCUGACACUGGCCAAGGUUGAAAAGGAAAAGCAUGCCACAGAGAACAAGGUGAAAAACCUCACAGAGGAGAUGGCAGGCCUGGAUGAAACCAUAGCCAAGCUGACCAAGGAGAAGAAGGCCCUCCAAGAGGCCCACCAGCAGACCCUGGAUGACCUGCAGGCAGAAGAGGACAAAGUCAACACCCUGACCAAAGCUAAAACCAAGCUAGAGCAGCAAGUGGAUGAUGUAAGUGUGAAAAACCCAGUGUUUUCCCUUAAGAUGAAAUAAAGAAUGUAACACAUAACCAUAAAUGAUGCUCAUAAACUUUUAAGUACUGUAAUUUCCCAAGAAUCCACAAUGGAUGUAGAAAAUGACAAACAACAACUUGAUGAGAAAAUAAAAAAGAAAGAGUUUGAAAUGAGCAAUCUACAAAGCAAGAUUGAAGAUGAACAGGCCCUUGGGAUGCAGCUGCAGAAGAAGAUCAAGGAGUUACAGGCCCGCACUGAGGAGCUGGAGGAGGAAAUCGAGGCAGAGCGGGCCUCUCGGGCCAAAGCAGAGAAGCAGCGCUCGGACCUCUCCCGGGAACUGGAGGAGAUCAGUGAGCGGCUGGAGGAAGCUGGUGGGGCAACUUCAGCCCAGGUUGAGAUGAACAAGAAGCGGGAGGCCGAGUUCCAGAAAAUGCGCAGGGACCUGGAGGAGGCCACCCUGCAGCACGAAGCCACGGCAGCCACCCUGAGGAAGAAGCACGCAGACAGUGUGGCUGAACUUGGGGAGCAGAUAGACAACCUGCAGAGGGUCAAGCAGAAGCUGGAGAAGGAGAAGAGUGAGAUGAAGAUGGAGAUUGAUGACCUCGCUAGUAACAUGGAGACUAUCUCCAAAGCUAAGAUAAACUUUGAGAAAAUGUGCCGCACACUAGAGGACCAGCUUAGUGAAGUGAAAACAAAGGAAGAGGAGCAACAACGCUUAAUAAAUGAAUUGUCAGCCCAGAGGGCACGCCUACAUACAGAAUCAGGUGAGUUUGCACGACAGCUAGAUGAGAAAGAUGCUCUAGUUUCUCAGCUAUCCCGAGGCAAACAAGCAUUUACACAACAGAUUGAGGAAUUAAAGAGACAGCUAGAAGAGGAGUCUAAGGCCAAGAAUGCUCUGGCCCACGCCCUGCAGUCCUCCCGCCACGACUGUGACCUGCUGCGGGAACAGUAUGAGGAGGAGCAGGAAGCCAAGGCUGAGCUGCAGAGGGCGCUGUCCAAGGCCAACAGUGAGGUUGCCCAGUGGAGGAACAAAUAUGAGACGGAUGCCAUCCAGCGCACGGAGGAGCUGGAGGAGGCCAAGAAGAAGCUGGCCCAGCGUCUGCAGGACGCCGAGGAACACGUGGAAGCCGUAAAUGCCAAGUGUGCCUCCCUUGAGAAGACGAAGCAGAGGCUCCAGAAUGAAGUGGAGGACCUCAUGCUUGAUGUGGAGAGAUCUAAUGCUGCCUGCGCAGCCCUGGACAAGAAGCAGAGGAACUUUGACAAGAUCUUAUCAGAAUGGAAACAGAAGCAGGAGGAAACUCAGGCUGAACUUGAGGCCUCCCAGAAGGAGUCCCGUUCUCUCAGCACUGAGCUGUUCAAGAUCAAGAAUGCCUACGAGGAAUCCAUGGACCAUCUUGAAACACUAAAGAGAGAGAAUAAGAAUUUACAACAGGAGAUUUCUGACCUGACUGAGCAAAUUGCAGAGGGAGGAAAGCAUAUACAUGAAUUGGAGAAAAUUAAAAAACAAAUAGAUCAAGAGAAGAGUGAACUACAGGCUGCCCUAGAGGAAGCAGAGGCAUCUCUUGAACAUGAAGAAGGCAAAAUCCUUCGCAUCCAACUUGAGUUAAAUCAGGUGAAAUCUGAGAUUGACCGGAAAAUUGCUGAAAAAGAUGAAGAAAUUGAUCAGCUAAAGAGGAACCAUCUCAGAGUGGUGGAGUCCAUGCAGAGCACCCUCGAUGCUGAGAUCAGGAGCAGAAAUGAUGCCCUGAGGAUCAAGAAGAAGAUGGAGGGAGACCUUAAUGAAAUGGAAAUUCAGCUGAACCACGCCAACCGCCAGGCUGCUGAGGCCCUGAGGAACUACAGGAACACCCAAGGAAUACUGAAGCUUGUGGAUGCUAAUGAGCGUCUGCAACUCUUGCACACCCAGAACACCAGCCUGAUCAGCACCAAGAAGAAGCUGGAAACAGACAUCUCCCAAAUCCAGGGAGAGAUGGAGGACAUUGUCCAGGAAGCUCGCAACGCAGAAGAGAAGGCCAAGAAGGCCAUCACUGAUGCGGCCAUGAUGGCCGAGGAGCUGAAGAAGGAGCAGGACACCAGCACCCACCUGGAGCGGAUGAAGAAGAACCUGGAACAGACGGUGAAGGACCUGCAGCACCGUCUGGAUGAGGCUGAGCAGCUGGCCCUGAAGGGCGGGAAGAAGCAGAUCCAGAAGCUGGAGGCCAGGGUGAGGGAGCUUGAAAACGAGGUUGAUAAUGAACAGAAGCGCAACGUGGAGACAGUCAAAGGUCUUCGCAAACAUGAGAGAAGAGUGAAGGAGCUCACUUACCAGACCGAGGAGGACCGCAAAAAUGUUCUCAGGCUGCAGGACUUGGUGGACAAAUUACAAACCAAAGUCAAAGCUUAUAAGAGACAAGCUGAAGAGGCUGAGGAACAAUCCAACGCUAACCUUGCUAAGUUCCGCAAGCUCCAGCACGAGCUGGAGGAGGCUGAGGAGCGGGCUGACAUCGCCGAGUCCCAGGUCAACAAGCUGCGGGUGAAGAGCCGCGAGGUUCACACAAAAGUUAUGAGUGAAGAGUAAUUCAUUCUAAUGCUGAAAGGUGACCAAAGAAAUGCACAAAAUGUGAAGUUCUUUGUCACUGUCACACACUGCUGUAAUAUCAGAGAAAUAAAAGCUGCAGAGAAUUUGCAAUCUAAAAAUA